AUGGCCCCAAGAAUCUGCGCCUCAACAACGAGACUAUCUUUGCCCGAGCAUAUGCAGAGCUACAAGGAUGAGUGGACGGAGGUUAUAAACCGGAUCCGAUCGCAACCUAACAUCAGAGAGGUAUCGGUAACAUUCCUUUCAUGUUGUCGCGGGUCAGCGGUCUACGACACCUGGAUGCCGUGGUCUUGGCCAGGGGAGGAUAUCAGGCUUCUUCAGUCCUCCUGCCUGGCCCUCGAGGAGCACUUCAUCUCCCUCCUGGCGACCUGCCACGGGGUCCGUGAAGUCACCCUCCGCGGAAACGUCCCACCCAGUCUUGGUGCACGACUCGAGCAGGCAGACACGGGCCUAAGUAUCCGACUGCAGGCCAUCAGCAAACAAAUGUCCGCCUUCAUUAAGGGGGUCGAGAAGGAGACAGCGGAGAAGAAUGCGGAUGCGCAGGACCCGUCCUGGACGAAGCAGACGCCAUACCUGCCACUACGUUACCACCCGGCAAGGAACUCUUCUCUGCACUUUGUGCUGAAACAGACCGGGCCAGAAAUCCCAACCUGGUCCUAUAUGCAGGAGAGAAACGAAGAAGCCGGGGUAGCGACGGGGAUGGAACGUGUCUCUGGGCCACUGUUUGUUGGGACGUGGGAAACGGUUUCAGAGGUCUUCGACUUCGAGAACACCGUCGCCAAGGAGGAUGACUCGUAG